CCACUUGCAGGGGCCCAGGAGGGUGGCCUCCCUCCCCAGGUUCCCCGAGGCUGGGAGGCCAACGUGCUCUCAGGGUGGGUGUGGUGCGUGGUUUCAUUCAGCCCUUCUCUGGGGGCUCUGCGAGCGCCACUCACACCAGAAGGAGCAGGAGAAAGAGGACGAGUGGCUCCAACAGCCUCCACUCCAGGGGAGUGAGGGCAUCGCCUCCUUUUCUUGGAGGACACUCCCUUCUGGUGGUGAAUGGGAACUCCCUUCCUCCUGCGGCAGCCUGCCUGCGGCGGUCCCGGUUGGACGGUGUGGACGCUGCAAAGCUGCCACUGCCCGGGAAAGAAAGCAGCCCAGAGCCGAGGCAAAGAGAGCUGCAGUAGCCCAGAGGUUCAGAGAGCCGGCUCGGGGCUGCUGGGGAGCCGGCUGCAGCACAGUGACAGUGACAAACACAGAGCAGACGUCUCCAAGUGCAUUCUGCCUCCCCUGGGACGGCACUGAGUGAGUGUGGAGGGAGCUGCAGCCCUCAGACUACAAGCUCUCCAGGUACCUUAAUACACAAAACCGCAUGCUGGGACUGCUAACUGUUCCUCCAGAAACGCCUGGAUAUCAUCUGUCUGGCAGAAAUUCUUGAAAGCCCCACGAGCAGCAGCUGCUGAGCCAUGGCCGAAGGGGAGAUCACAACCUUCACGGCCCUGACGGAGAAGUUUAAUCUGCCUCCAGGAAACUACAAGAAGCCCAAGCUGCUCUACUGUAGCAACGGGGGCCACUUCCUGAGGAUCCUUCCAGAUGGCACAGUGGAUGGGACCAGAGACAGGAGCGACCAGCACAUUCAGCUGCAGCUCAGUGCGGAAAGCGUGGGGGAGGUGUAUAUAAAGAGUACCCAGACUGGCCAGUACUUGGCCAUGGACGCCGACGGGCUUUUAUACGGCUCACAAACACCAAAUGAGGAAUGUUUGUUCCUGGAGAGGCUGGAGGAAAACCAUUACAACACCUACAUAUCCAAGAAGCACGCAGAGAAGAAUUGGUUUGUUGGCCUCAAGAAGAAUGGAAGUUGCAAACGCGGCCCCCGGACUCACUAUGGCCAGAAAGCGAUCUUGUUUCUCCCCCUGCCAGUCUCCUCUGAUUAAAAAAAAUCUCUUCUGGGUGCUGAUCGCUCCAGAGGAGCCUCAAGGGGUCCUCACCUGGUGGACCCAAAUAUGUUCCCUUGACCAUUGGCUGCGCUAACCCCCAGCCCACAGAGCCUGAACUUGUAAACAACGCGCUUCUAAACGCCCAGUCCUCUUUUUUGCACAGCCCUUUACCCCAGCACAGUUUGGAACAGAGGGACCAAAUUGCUUCUAGGGGCCAAUUGGCUGGGCAGUCUGGGUCUGGGUUUGGAUGUCCAAUUGCCUCUGGGCACCUGGUACAGGCUGAGCCCUCAGUGCAAAGGUGGGGCCAAAGGAAGUGUGUUAAGGGGACUGCCCAGUGGGUCAUUAGUAACUGCACACCAUUUCCUUCUACUGAGUAAACCCCAUCUGCAAUUCCCCCAAA